AUGUCCGAACCAACCAAAGACAAGAAUAGCAACACCGCCGGCGGCGAGAAGAAGCAAGGCAAGAAAUCAGCCAAACAAGCAUCUGGUUUUGGCGUUUCAGGAGGAGGACAACAGAAACAAGAGCCAAAGAACCUGCACCAACUCCUUGAAGAGACAGGCGUGAAAUCAAAGAACAAGAAAGGAAAAGAAGGAUUCAAGGCUGGAUCCAAGUAUGGUGCCUCUGAAUUCGUCGACGUCUCAUUGGAUGAUCCGGUCCAAGAACGUGAGGAUCCAGACUAUGAGAUGAUUGACAGUAAGGAUACUUCGUAUGAUGGGGAGCAGCAUCGCUCGUACAAUGGCCAGCCUGAUCACGCUCGCAAGUAUCCCAAAGGCUUUGGGAAGGAGGGCGAGCGUAAGUGA